AUGGGUUGCAAUUUUUUAUUCUGGACUUCAGUUGUAGUUCUGGGUUACUACUGUUCAGAAUGAAAGUGUUGAUUGGAUUCGCUUGCUUGGCCUUGGCCGUAGCAGUCUCUGCGGAGGUCUUCGUAACGGAGCAGGAGUCUCCCCUCUACAACUACCACAUGCGAUUUGGUAUCCCCGAAGCCCAGAGGAUCCAGAAAGCCGAAGAAUCUGCCGCCAUUGGAAGAAUCGUUGGUGGAUCAUAUAGCCCUAUUGCCAACACUCCCUACCAGGCUGGCCUUGUGAUUGAAAUACGUAACAGCGACACAUCAGUCUGCGGUGCUUCACUUAUCUCCAACAAUCGCUUGGUGACUGCUGCCCAUUGCUAUUAUGACGGAUUUUUGACCGCUUUCCGCUUCCAUGUUAUCCUUGGAUCCAACUUUCUGUUCUACGGCGGUACUCGCAUCCAGACCGCCAACAUCGUUAUGCAUCCCCAGUGGAACCCAAGAACUGUCGCUAAUGAUAUCGCUAUCAUCAACAUUCGUUCCGUUACUUUUAGCAAUGUGAUCCAGCCUAUCGCUCUCCCCAGUGGCAGCGAUCUGAACAACAGCUUCGUUGAUUGGUCCGCUUUGGCUUCAGGCUACGGUAUUACACGCGACGGCGUUAACUUUGUCUUCGAUCAGCGAUUGAGUUCGGUAACCCUGAACAUUAUCACCAACAACGCCUGUGCUGCUACCUUUGGUCCUUUCGUGCAUCCCUCAAACAUCUGCACCAGCGGUGCUGAAGGAAAGGGAACCUGCAGCGGAGACUCCGGUGGCCCUCUUGCGGUCCAGAUCAACGGGCAGACCACCUUGGUUGGUGUCAGUUCCUACGGAGCUCAGGCUGGUUGCGCCGCUGGUUUCCCCGCCGCUUUCACCAGAGUCACCUCCUUCGUCAACUGGAUUAACUCUAAUCAAAUGAAGCAAAGAUUAAAUAUUGUGAGAUUAAACAGAGUUGAUCCAGUUGACGAAGGAGGUGACUCUGGUGAAGGCGGCGGGGAGACCAACGGCGCACCCAGCCAGAGCUCCGUAGGAACUGACACUAACCUGGUAGACGAUAUGUCAGAAACGGCUUCUACAACUAUUUCUUGGUUAUUGACGGUGGAUUUUGCUUCAGUUUCCUUGAUUAUUAAGACUUUGUCAGCUCCAAACUUACGCUGGAAGCUGAAAAGGCCCAGCGUCGUUACGGCUAAACUCAAGCAUGCGUUAACUACUUGUUGUAAAAAAGAUAAACCAAGAGGACGGAAGAGAUACACAGAUACUAUAUAUAAGUCAAUUUCUUUUAUUCUGAACUUCAGUUGUACUUGUGGGUUUCUACUGUUCAGAAUGAAAGUGUUGAUUGGAUUCGCUUGCUUGGCCUUGGCCGUAGCAGUCCCUGCGGAGGUCUUUGUAACGGAGCAGGAGUCUCCCCUCUACAACUACCACAUGCGAUUUGGUAUCCCCGAAGCCCAGAGGAUCCAGAAAGCCGAAGAAUCUGCCGCCCUUGGUGAAAGAAUCGUCGGUGGAUCAAUUACCCCUAUUGCCGACACUCCGUACCAGGCUGGUCUUGUGAUUCAACUCUAUUUCGGUCGCACAUCAGUCUGCGGUGCUUCAAUUAUCUCCAACACUCGCUUGGUGACUGCUGCCCAUUGCAAUUCUGACGGAUUCUUGACCGCUACCGCCUUCACUGUUGUCCUUGGAUCCAACACCCUGUUUACCGGCGGUACUCGCAUUCGCACCUCCAAUAUCGUUGUGCACCCCCAGUGGAAUCCAAACACUGUCGCCAAUGACAUCGCCAUCCUCAUAAUUCCUUCAGUUACUUUUACCAAUGUGAUCCAGCCUAUCGCUCUCCCCAGUGGCAGCGAUCUGAACAACAACUUCGUUGACUGGUCCGCUUUGGCUUCAGGCUACGGUAUUACACGUGACGGUCAGUAUUGUCUUUUAAUUUUGGCGUGGAGAGACGAGCUACUUUACCUUCAGUACCCAUUAGCUUCAUAAGUAUUACAACCUGCAAGUAACUUUUCAUAACCUUGUUUCAGGCGGUUACAUGACCUUCGACCAG